ACAUUCAAUGUGAGAAGUGUAGGAAAGUCCAGGGACUGUGAUUUGAAAGUUAUUCCCUACUCUCGCCGUGAUGGACAAGAAUAUCUUCGUGACGCCCUUUGUUUUCGCCGUCCUGUGUCAUUUCAUUGGUGGCAACCCCUCUGACGCAGGGGUAUGUUGGCUACAACAAGGAAGAAAUGGAAAAUGCCAGGCUUUGUCCAUGACUCGGAUCAAUCGAGAGGAAUGUUGCAGGAGUGGAAGUGCUCAAACUGCAUGGACAAAUCAGGACAUACCAGAAAGUGACAUUUUAAAACUUAUAAUUCUUGGCGGAGUUAAUUGCUACCCAUGCCACAAAACUUGUGAGGGUGUGGACUGUGGACCAGGGAAGAUUUGCAAAAUGAACAAACAUAAUAAGCCAACAUGCAUCUGUGCACCUGACUGUUCAAAUGUCACAAAGAAGGUACCUGUAUGUGGAACUGACGGUAAAAUCUACAAGGAUGAAUGCAGCCUCCUUUUGGCAAAGUGCAGAGGAUUGCCAGAACUGGAAGUACAGUAUCAGGGAGAAUGCAAAAAGUCUUGCACGCAAGUUUUGUGUCCUGGAACCUCUAUGUGUGUGAUAGACCAAACUCACAGUGCACACUGUGUGAUGUGCAGAGUGAUGCCGUGUCCAGAACCAUUGUCAUCUGAGCAGGCGCUCUGUGGAAAUAAUGGUGUUACCUAUCAUAGCGUAUGUCACCUGAGACGUGCCACUUGCUUGCUGGGAAAAUCCAUAGGUGUUGCCCACUACGGUAGAUGCAACUCAUCAGAAGAAGGUAUCAAGCAGAAAGGAGACAAUCAAGAAAAUACAGUGUUUUCGAAACUCCUCCUCGGAUGGUAGUUUAUAAGUGAAUAAAGACAUUAUAAACAGAGAAGAUAAAGACAUUGGAACACUGAUUUAUGAAAUUUGCUGUUUGAAAUUUAUUUCUACAUGUCAAUCAUUAUCAGAAUGAAACGAUGGUCUCUACUAUCAAGGACUUAUGAUGUGAAUUUGGUUUGACCACUAAUCUAACAGAUUAAAGUAAAUAAAAUAUUGGAUAGAG